AUGGCUGAUAGUGUUGGUCGUCGAAAAGAAAAUAUUGUUGAUCUUAACAAAUAUUUAGACAAACGUAUUCGAGUGAAAUUCAAUGGUGGUCGAGAAUGUAGUGGAGUUUUAAAAGGUUAUGAUCAAUUGUUAAAUUUGGUACUCGAUCAAACUAUUGAAUAUCUACGUGAUCCCGAUGAUGAAUAUAAAAUUAGUGAAGAUACUCGACCAUUAGGACUUGUUAUAUGUCGAGGUACAUCAGUUGUACUCAUAUGUCCAUUAGAUGGCAUGGAGGAAAUUCCAAAUCCAUUCGUUCAACAUGAAUGA